GUGGGUGCGUGCGCGUUCCUGUGUGGGCAAUCAGUCACCUACGCACUGAGGUGCAGAUAAAUCAGUAAAUUCACAGAAGUUUCUCAAUCUAACGCUUUGUCUCUUUCGCUCUCUCACACGCACUCGACAUGUCUGACACGGAGCCCAAAUCAGCCCAGGAUUUAACCGUGGUGGUGCAGAGCUUACUGCAGCAGAUGCAAGACAAGUUCCAGACCAUGUCUGACCAGAUUAUCGGAAGAAUCGACGAGAUGAGCACCCGCAUCGACGACCUGGAGAAGAACAUCUCCGACCUCAUGACUCAGGCAGGCGUGGAGGAGUUCGACGGAGAGAACAAAUUCGGCGAUGCGUCAGGAACAGCUUGAUCAGGACAGAGAGUCGGCGAUCGGAUAAGUGCAUGAGGUAUCGCUCCCACGAGCUACGUGUUUACGAGUCAGAUUGUACAGAUUCCUUUUUGCUUGUAUUAAAGAAAAGAAACUCUUUUUGGUAGUAAUUCUGGGGAUGCAGUGUAAAUCCAGACCUUUUUUCUGUACGAUGUUAGAAACCUUUAUGUAAUUAUAUACUGUGUGGUUUGUUUGUUUUUUUUUUUUAAACGUGUGUGUGUGUGUGUGUCGAUUGUAAGUACUACUUCCUCUGCAGUGUAGAACGUCUGUGGGUUUUACACCUUCAGUCUCAUUCCUGUUCAUAUCAUGAUCUUGGUUGGAAAAACGAGAGAGAAUUUCGAGCCAUUUUUUUUUCCCAUGCAGUCAGACCGGAAAAUUUCCUCUCACCCCAUCCUCUACAGCAAUAAAGCAAUGACACGGGGUUUUUAAAUCAUCCACUCACUGCUCAGAUAGCUCACAGCAAACUAACUAACUAUGCAAACAAAUUCAUUCCAUCUGAACCACGAGUCUCCGCUGCUGCUUUAGAGGGUCCAGGAGACGGAGCUGGAUCCGGUUGUUUAUUUAAAAAACGAGUCUGGGCUUCAAAUCAAAUCAGACUCCACCCACUUUACAACCUGGGGAGUAAUUUGAGCUGAUUGACACCUAAUGUGAAAAAGAAAAAUAAUACAAAAAUGGAAACCUUCCUUAGCACAGAGGACUUGAGAAGAGAGGGGCAGAAAAUGUGAAUGAAAUAAUAUAUAUAUGCAUAUGGCCCCACCCCCUGGACAUCUGAUUCCAUAUUAUGGACUUCUGACCACACCCCUUGACUUCUAAGUCCACCCCUGGACAUCUGACUCCACUUCCUGGACUUCUGACCACACCCCUUACACUUCUGACUCCACCCCCUUGCACUUCUGACUCCAUCUCCUGGACUUAUGUAGCAGAGGGUAGCUAGAAAGGUUUGCAUUGGGAGAAAUAACGGUUUUAAGAUCUAAAACUGUAUUUAUUUUUGUUUUAAAAAUAAAUAUAAAUAAUGCUGCAUAAAUACAAGCCCUUUCUGGCACGUGCAAUUUAAUCUACUAUUAUUAUUAUUAUUCAUUAUAUUAUUUAAAAAAAGAUAAAUCCAUUGAUUGCACUCACCUCUUAACUGUCCAAACUUUUUUCUUUUUUUUUUUUUAAUCACUUUUCACCAUUACAGCGUUUUGGUAUCAGAAGAAUCCCCGUAUAUUUCGGGAGCGUCCUGCGAUCUGUAGCCUGUGGUCAAAUGAGACUGUGAUGUGUGACGUCAUGGAUGUUCCUCUCUAACCCCCCCCCUUCCCCUUCCCCCCUAAAUAACCUUUGACUAUUUGUGGUGAUGAGUAUUUAUUCCUUUAAUUCAUGUGUCAAAACUCCACGCUGCAUAAAAUCCUGCGUGCUGAACUUUGAUUGCAGCAGUAACACAGAAGAACACAGAUCUUAUUCAAAAACGCCUGAUGUACUGUGAAUUUUCACUCCGAUUUCCAGCAAAUUUCCUGGUGCUGUUCAUGAGAGUUUUUUUUCUGCAACCAUUGCCCAGUGUGAUUCCUGUAUCUCAAAUAAAAGCAUGUUUUCAUACUAAAACCAGACCAGGAGCCUGAGGUAAGAGAUUUCUCUGGGUCAGAACGGUUAGGGUCACUCUCUUGACUUAUAAAACGAAUAAAACGUAUAACACCAUGCCUGAGAAAAUAAAGUGUAAUUAGUACGAGCUUUACUUAUAUAUAUAUAUAUAUAUAUAUAUGUAUGUAUAUGUAUAUGUCAAUAUAGAUGAUGUGCUUCUGACAUUUUUGCAUGUUCCACAUCACUCACACUAAAUUUAUAGCCUUUUUUUGUUUCCUAAAUAGUGUUUUUUCUUUAAUUUCAAUGAUUAUUAAUGGAUUUAUGUGUUUAUAGCCAAAGUCUUAAUAUCAGUGAGAAUCAAGGGGAAGGUGUACAAGACAGUGGUGAGACAGGCCAUGGUUUAGAGGCAGUGUCACUGAGGAAGAGACAGGAGUCAGAGCUGAAGAUGUUGACGUUCUCUUUAGGAGUGAAGGAAGGUUGGACAGGAUUGGGCACAAGUACAUCAAAGGGACAGCUCAUGUUGGAAGUUAGGGAGGACAGAUUAAGAUGGUUUGGACAUGUUCAGAGGAGGGAGAGUGAGUAUAUCAGUAGGAGAAUGUUGGACAUGGAGCUGCCAGGCAGGAGCGAAAGAGGAAGGCCAAAGAGGAGGAAUAUGGAUGGAAUAAAUGAGGAUAUGAAGCUAGUGGGUGCAAGUGUAGAGGAUGCAGAAGAUAGGGAUAGGUGGAGAGAGAUGAUUUGCUGUGGCCACCCCUCAAGGGAAAAGCUGGAAGAAGAAGAUACUCUGAAAUGUGCAUUUUAUAAGAUUUAAAUAAAUGGAGAAAUAAAGUUGAGCAUGUAAUAAACCACUAGACCUUAAGAGAAUAUGUUAUUCUGUUAGGAAAUGUAGAACGCUUUUAAGGUUCUCCGGUUGUUCCUGUGGUGGAUCCUCUCACAGAACGUUCUUUAAUACAACUCUUAAAUCCCUCUCCUUAUAGAAUUCCCCUCUAGACACUCUGUAGCUAGAGUAAACAGUGAAAAAAAAUGUCGGUGCUUUGUUAUAAUAUAAAAUGUCUUUUGUAGGAAAUUAGAAUUUUCUCGUUCUAGUUUGUUUAUCAAUGAUGGAUUUUGUAUUUUUUUUUUUAAUCCAGGGAGUCGGAAUGUGUUGAAGAACCAACUUUAUCUUUAAACUAAAUGCCUUUAUGGAAAAAAACAAACAUGAAGCCAUAAAAACAUUUCUGGAAAAUAGAAAAUCGGUCAAAUAUCAUUUUUUUCUGAGACGUAGAGUUUCUACACAUAUCAUAUUCAACUAUAAUACUGCGUUUUAACUACAGGUCCAGUGCAAGGAGGGGGAAAAAAACAGGCAAAACUAAAGCUUUUAUUUACAGAGCUCAGUUGAUAUGUCCACCAUUUUGUGAACACACAAAAUGUCCAGUCAAUUAACACAGGACCAAUAAGAUCAGGAGUAUAAGGUUGUUACACACAAAUUCACAACAUUCCUAAUUUUCCAGUGUCCACUUCCAAAUUAAUUCGAUUAAUAAUUCCAUACUUAGAUUUGUUCUUGCUCAGAUAUGAUCACGGUGUGUAAAAAUAUCAAACUAUUCAUUAAUCCGAUGCAUGAUGCCACACACCGUGAAUCUGUAAUAAUCACAAUAUACAUACGAAUACUUAUGAAUGUUUAUUGCUUAACACCUAAUAUGGUGCUGUGAUCCUUAGCUAGUGCAUGGGUAAUGAAGGUAGCUAGCUACAGAAACUAUACUUUUGUCAUUAUAUUGGCAAACGUUUUGGGACACCUCUCCAAAUCAUUGAAUUCAGGGGUUGGACUCGGGCCCUUAGUUCCAGUGAAAGGAACUCUUAAUGCUUCAGCUUCAUACCAAGACAUUUUGGACAAUUUCAUGCUUUGUGAGAAGGCCUGGUUCUCAGUCUCCACUCUAAUUCAUCCCAAAGGUGUUCUAUGGGGUUGAGGUCAGGUCUUUAUGAAGUUCCUCCACACCAAACUCGCUCAUCCAUGUCUUUAUGGACCUUGCUUUGGUCACUGGUGUGCAGUCAUGUUGGAACAGGAAGGGGUCAUCCCCAAACUGUUCCCACAAAGAGCAUGAAAUUGUCCAAAAUGUCUUGGUAUGAAGCUGAAGCAUUAAGAGUUCCUUUCACUGGAACUAAGGGGCCGAGCCCAACCCCUGAAAAACAACAUCUGAUUUGGGGGGUGUCCCAAAACUUUUGGCAAUAGAGAAGAAAAUUUCUGAUGUGUGUGUACAUGAAGUAGCACUGGAUUAAAGAUUUAGACUUUCGGGUGUUUCUCAGGCAGAAAAGCUUUGGAAUGAACGCUGAAACGCCUCGAAAUGAAUAUUUUUAAUUGUCGAGAUACCUCCGAGUCUGUGCUCUACAUGUUUCUGCUCAGGAUAUUGUCACGUACAUCCUAACAGAGUAAACGAGUUCUCUAUUAACAAUUUCGAAUUUCUGUUUUGACGACGUUUCACUGAAUAAACUAACUGUGCCAUCCAUGAUCGGCUAAGGGAGAUUGUCUGUGCUACGUUUU